AUGGAUAAAUUUAAUAGUCUAUUUGAAAGUGAUAUUAAAGAUUUUGGACCUUGCAUAGGUAUAGAUAACGAAAUUCAUAUACAUCAGGAGUGGCCUCAUCUCUUACAUCUCUUUGGUCUAAGACUUCGUACUUUUCCAACGGUUGGUCAGUUUAAAUAUGAUGGUAGAUUGAAACCUUUUAUGUCAGAGAACGAGUUUGAUGGUUUGUUGCGCGAUCUAGAAAGUACGACCAAUCAAGAAAUCUACAGAACGAUACUACAGGUUGGAAGGAUAGCAUUUGUCGUUAAUUUAAUUGCAUUAUGUCUGUUUUUGGCCAUGAUUACUUCAAAGCACAUUAUACUAUCAUAUAUAUCAAUUGGUCUGGCAGGAUUAUGUGUAUCAAUUCGUACUGCGAAGAUAAUAGAAACAUAUAACCAAAGAUACAAAGAUAAAGGUUUAGUAUUUGAAUUUAAAGCAAUUAAUUGUGUAAAGGAUCAUGAAUCCAAUGCUUUUAUUAUAAGAUUACCAUUAAAUCCAGUAGAUUUCCAGGGUAGUGUUGAACUUUCUCAUAUUUCCGAUCAAGAUUACUAUUCAGAUAGAUCACCAUUAAUAAAUAAAUAUUAA